UGUGACGUCAUCGAAACUCCUCCCACAAAUGUGUAUUUCCUGUAAUGGCUGACACAGGCAACGUAGGAUGUUUCAGAUACAAAUAUUGGAUAUUUUCCAAAGGAUAGACAAAUUUCAAACAAGAUGACAAAUGUACAGCCUUCUAUCCAACAGGAUAGCCUGUCUAACAUGCUGUCUCCGGAGGCGAAGGAAUUUGUUCCCCGACAGUUCUCCGAUGGCCCCAGUCAGUCAACACAGUUAGCCGAUGGACUGUUAGGGGCAGGCCCAGCGGGGAUGGUACUUGAUGAGAAAGGGUUGCCGCAGCAAGCUCCGGUAAAUGGGCUACCAAGUUACAUGACAACCUGUUAUCCUUUCGUGACUUCAGGAGAGCAAAGAUUUGGUUGUGUUAGACCUAGACAUAGAGGCAAAUUUCCACAACAGCAGCAAGCAAUGUUUAUGUCACAACAGUUCCAACCAAUGCAGCCAGGAAUACCUCGUAAUCGUUUUCCACACCCAGCGAAAGGUUUUGUGCCAACAUCAGCGUGGGGUCCUACGCCUAUGGGCGACAUGCUACAGUCAUAUGGAAAUGUGCCAAAUGGAAUGCCAUUUGAUGGCGGGACAUAUCAGAAUGGCUACUUACAUACCUCACUUCCUCAAAUGACAGGGCCUGAAGGAAAGGCCAUGUUAAGUCCCAGAGAGACGUACACCGGUGACAGUUACGUUGAAACUCCACAUCUAAUCAAUGGCUAUAUAGACCCAGCAAAACUACCAUGGAAAACCAAACAUAAACAGGAGGAUAAGGCCUCAAGCGAUGGUACAAUGAAAGUCUGUUAUAAAAGUUCAUCAGUUCAAACAGAUUUUCCGGAACAUAUAGCCAAUGCAACAUUAGAAGAAUCACCAAAUACAUUAUUUAACAAUGGACAAGUGGCAUAUAAGGACCAUCACACACCAGGUAGCAGACGGACGCGUCAUUCAUCAAACCGGAGCACUUCAGACGCUGAAAUUGAUAACAGUGUGUUUCACAGACAGAAUACUGUUUCAAAUGGGACUAAUCCUGCCACUGACUUUAUUCAUGGAAUCGGUGUUGCCAUGGUUAUUCCAGACCAUGGAACUGGUCAAGUGACUAAUUUUGCUAGUUCAUCUAGUGCUUAUUCUGUGUUUCCUGGUGCAUUUUCAAAUAUGAGAACAGGGUUUCAAGGUCAAGGUCAAAGUGAUAGUUUGAACGCUAUGCAUGGUACGGUAAGUUUGGUGCCUUAUUUGAAUGACAGCAAUGUGAAUGCUUCUUUUAGACCUUCAUAUGCAAGUAUUGCUCAAAGCCAGCCUAGUCAGAAUCAUAAACAAAAUUUGGUUGCCAUGGCAACCAACAAAAGUGAUCGGACCAACUGUGAUAAUAGUGUUACUAUAAAUAGAACUAAGUCUGCUAAAAAGAAUUCAAAAAGCAAUAAUAGGUCAGCUUCCAGGUUAGGUAAUGUGAAUGUAAACGUUGCGGAAAUAAUGCAAGAUUUAGAACGAGCUGAUAGUAAACGUGCAGACUCGGCAUUGAAACUGGAAAAUGCAUAUCAGAAACCUGGUGAAAUUGAAAUGGGACCGGGCAAGUUCCUCUAUAGUUCUGCAGUGAAGGAGCAGCCAAAGGCUGAGAGUCAAAAAUCAAAUGUAUUACCUAUAAGUCAGAUAUCACAAAAGAACUCAAAACUAACAGAAAGUAAAGGCCAGUCACAAUAUUCUCAAGGACAUUUUCAGGGGAGUGAGAAAAAGGUAGGGCAAACUCAGAUAAAAAGUCAACAAAGUGGUCCUGCAAAGUCUCAGUUUAAAGGACAUUCACAAACCAGUGUCGGUGGUCAAGCCUCUGGACAUGGUCAGUUACAGGUCAAAGGUCAGAAUGUUCAAAGUGAUAGCAAUAAGUCUGACCUUGACCUUGAUAAGAAAGGGCAAUCACAAAGUGAUAAUAACGUUAAUCAGGGUGAGGGUGAAGUAAAGAAAAAAAAGCGUCGCAGGCGACGGCGGAAAAAGAAAACAGGGGAAGUAACUGCAGAAAACGAUGAUGAUAACGCUGGUGCUAGUGAGGAGAUAACUCUUCAUUUUGAGGAUGAGGAGGAGUUUCCGGACUUGUCCGGUGUUGCAAGCGGCUAUGCAGAAAAAUCUAGUCUAUUCAAUGCAUCUACAGUGUCAUACAGUGAUAUUUUAACAAGUAAUAAUAUUGUGCAAUCUACAAAGUCUUCUUCUCAAGAUGAGCAAUGUUCUCCUGAUACCACAGGUGUUUCCCCAGUGAAGGAAAGUCGCAGUUCAAGAAAGCGACGGAAAAGACGAGAAGUUGCAAAUAAAGCUGCUGAUGCAGAAAUGGCCGAGAUUAACCUGGAACAGCACAUGCUAGAGUUGAAAAUGAAACAAAAACUGCCGCUCACCGCAAAGAAAUCAGUGUCCCCUGUCCGGAAUGCCCCAUCGCAGGGAGUUUGGAAGCUGACACCUUCUAGUCCCACCUCCCAACCAUCCUCCUCUGGGAAAAAAGUGUCCCUGUUACUGCCGGGUACCGUCGCACAAGAACCUUCCCAUAGUUCCACUCCACAUCAGCCAAAUACCUCUGCCGUCAAACAGCCAGGUAUAUUGAAGACCUCCCAAAUCCCACCACCACCUGCAUCCAGCGGUAAAAAAUCUAAACAACCAAUCACAUAUGAUCUUGGAGCCCUAAUUGAUGCACUGGAGUCAAAGAAAGAGCAGACACCACCACCAAAAAAAGAAACAAAAGCAGUUGUUAUAAAGAAAGAAGAAGUUAAAGCUUUGAAUGCUUUGGACUCCAAUGCACCAACAGUGAAAAGAGGGAAAGAACGUGAAACACCAAAAAUUAAAAAGCCAAGUCCUCUAAAAAAGGUUAUUCUGAAGGAAAGAGAAGAGAAAAAGAGGCUUAGGUUGCUUGAUGAGGAUGAAGUGGCUUCUGGACUUGGCAUGAUGCCAUCUACUGCAUUCCCUAAUUCUCCCAUAAGUGCUCCUGUUGGUAUUGGUGUUGUGAGUGGCGGGGAAUCUGACCUAUCUCAGGAUGCCAGUUUUAAAGGCUCUAUGGAAGUUGGCCUGGGAACCCCUGCCAGUGCAGAACUAUCACCCAUCAGUCAACAGUCUCCUAGUUGUAUGAGCCCAAUGAGUCCGGGGGCAAGUCCACUUUCUUCUGGGGUAAAUAGCCCAGUCACUGGAACUAUACAGCAGACAGUCAAGUUAAAAAUACACAGUAGAAGGUUCAGAGAGUAUUGCAAUCAAGUUCUAGAUAAGGAAAUAGAUAAUCAUGUGACAGCUCUGCUGCAAGAUCUUGUCAGGUUCCAAGAUAAACAAUAUCACAAAGACCCAGUUAAGGCAAAAGCUAAAAGAAGAUUUGUUCUCGGAUUAAGGGAGGUUACCAAACAUCUCAAGCUGAAGAAAAUAAAGUGUGUGGUUAUCUCCCCUAAUUUGGAGAAAAUUCAGUCAAAAGGUGGCCUUGAUGAUGCCUUGAAUUUAAUCCUGGAAUUGUGCAACGACCAAAAAGUGCCAUUUAUCUUUGCCCUUGGGCGUCGGGCCCUUGGACGAGCGUGUGCUAAAUUAGUGCCUGUUAGUGUAGUUGGAAUAUUCAACUAUGAGGGUUCAGAGGAAAAUUUCAAGUCCCUUGUAGCAUUGACAGAAAAAGCAAGAGAUGCAUACAGGGAGAUGAUUGUACAGAUAGAGAAAGAGAUUGCGGAACAUCCUCCGAGAACUUGCAUUCCAGGCGUGCCACAUAUCUUUGCUCACAUGGGACAUUCGCGUACACCAAGUGGUUGUAGCGUUAUAUCAUUUACGUCUAGUAUUUUAUCCGAACCAAUAUCCGAAAAUUAUCCACACUCCGAGCCAGAGACUGAUAAUAGAGGUUACGAAAUAGAAAAGGAAGAUGAUAUUGAUGAUGAUGGUGAUAGAUAUAAUGAUGAUGGAAAGGAUCCGUAUGAGGCGGAUGAUGAACGGGGCUACCACAAGACCAAGAAAACGAAAAAGAUAUAUUCAGAAAACAGUAAAACUGAAGGAUAUGUAGAAGGUAACCAUAAAUCUGAAGGUGAUACUCAAAGGGAAAAUACAGAUGUUAAUGGAAAUAGGUUUGAUGAAAAUGAGAAACUUGUAAAUUGCAACUCGGUGGAGAAUAAAGACCAGGGGGAGAUGGAAAAAACAUAUGAAAAUGAAUUAGAUAGUGAUUCUGAUGAUGAGGAUGAUAUUGAAGACGGAGAGGAUAAAUGUGAUGAUGGUGAUAAUGUUGAUAAUGAUGAAAGCGAUAAUGAUUCAGACUUUAACUCAUGUGAUAACAAUAGUGAUGAUGUUCAAACAAAUGAAGAUGAGGACACUGUUGAAGCCCUCCCAACGUUUAUAGAUUCAGUUCAUCAUUUCGAUCUUACUGAAAUUUUAUCGCAACAUUCUUCAAAAACUAUGGAAAAUGGUGAAGAUGUGAUGUCGACCCAUUCCUCAAAAACUACUCAUUCGUCAAGAACUUUAGGAGAUAGUAGCGGACUUGCAGGGGACAAAACCUGCAAGAAGCUAGAUAUGAAGAAUGUGGAUAAAUCGGGAUCAUUGUCCAUAAAGGCAAAAUCAGGGGUAGACAAGGACCUAAAAGAGCAUAGGACAAGAUCGUGGGUGAAAGAAGCACAAAAUUUCAACUUUAACGAUCAGAUGGACUCGCCAAGAGAAUCUGAAGAAAACGCUGUUGAGGUUAAAAAUGUUUCUAUUGAGUGUUUAGAUGCAGUUGCAUGAAAUGGAUUUGAAGAAGAUGCUGCUGAUGUUGAAAAUCUUGAAUGGAAAUGUGAAGAAAAUUUGAAAGAUUCCAUGGUUGCAGGAAAAAAAAUGAAUGAUUACUGUAACAGUAAAAGAAAGAAAAUGUUUGGAAGUUUUGUUGAUACUGGGUAAAAGGAAAAAGGUUGUAAAAUAGAGAAAGAAAUUUAUUUGGAAAAAAAUGAGAUUGUAGAAAGAAAUUUAUUGGGAAAAAAUGGGAUUGUCUACUUAAAGCUACGUAACGCGAUGGAUUGAGUAUGAGUGUUACAGCUCCAUGCACAGAUCACAAGACUUAGAACAGGACUAGAUAGUUAAAUGUUGAAAGUGAUACAGUGUUUGGAAGAAAAUGGAAAGAUACUGACUGAAUGGCGAACAGUGCAGAUCAUGAUCAGACUGCAUGUAUGUGCAAGCUGAUCAUUAUCUACACUGGUUGCAAAGGCAGAAUCAAUCAUGUCCAGCAUGAUAAGGGUUAAAUGUAUAAGAAUGUAAAAUUUCUUCACAGAAAAUGACUUAUGAAUUUUCCAUGAUAUUUUUACGUAAAAAAAUUCUAUAUUACCAUUUGUACAUUAAUAUUAUUUAGAUAAUUUUCUACAACUUCAUAGAAAAGGACUUUGAUAUCAAAAGAGCUUUCAUUAGUUUGUCUAGAGUGUUAUUUGGUCAUGUAUAAAAUCAUAAGUUUUUAUUUUUUCAUGUGUGUUCAGUAGCAAAUUUUUUUAUGAUUUAAUCAAAAAAAUUAUUUUAGGUUUUAUUAUUUAUUUAUUUUAUCGAAGUCCAGCAAAAAUUUGCUGCCGAAUUAGUUGGGUCUCUUGAAAUAACUGUAGAUAGUAGAUUUACCAGUACAUAUAAACCGUUUAGUUUUAAGGUUGCCAUAACAACAUUUAUGCUUCCAUAUCGUAUUCUGUAUGUGCUCUGUUGGCAGUAAGUUGAUCUUUUAAGGCUAGUGUUACCAUGCACGCCUUCCAUUUGCCGUAUAAUUUUCUUCAUUUAAAGGUGGGUGUUAGUCUAUAUAGGCCUUCUUGUUAAUUUUGUCAUAAUAAUAUCCAAUCAGUUCAUGUUUCAUCAAAGAGCCACACACCAUCUGAAGGCAGUGUUAGCUGUAAGCAAAAAUGACAUACUGAAUCUGCUAAAACCAAACUGACAGGAAGGUAAUUUAGAUACUUGGCAGAUGAACCAAUUACGUACAGUCAUAGUCUGUCCGCUUAGCUCAGUAGGGAGAGCGCAGAUCUACGGAUUUCGGGGUGGUUAGUUCGAGCCCUGGGCGAGGCGUAUGUUCUCCGUGAUGAUUUGAUAAAAGACAUUGUGUCUGAAAUCAAUCGUCCUCCCCCUGAUUCAUGUGGGGAAGUUGGCAGUUACUUGCUGAGAACAGGUUUGUACUGGUACAGAAUCCAGGAACACUGGUUAAGUUAACUGCUCACCGUUACAGAACUGAAAUACUGUUGAAAAACGGCGUUAAACCCAAAACAAACAAAUACAGUGAGACCGAGUUCACUGGAACUCGACGGGACAAGAAAAAUUUGUUUAUCUGUAGGUUUGGGCAUCGAACAAUACAUUAUAUAGGUAUUUUACCAGGAACCGAUGAUUAGUCCGAGCGAAGGGUAGUGUUCCAAUUAACCCAGCGAAUUAACUCAGUUCGAGUCAACAAAGUUUGACUGUCGUAUAUGAUAAAUAGAAGGGGGUCAUAUUUCAUGUAUAUGUGUGUGUGUGUGUAUAAAUGGCAAGUAUAGGUUUUGUACAUGUAGAUAUAAAAUAAUCUUAACCCUGUUGGCAAAGGGAGGAUAAGUGCAUUGAAAUAAAGAAGUACUUGCCUUUUUUUUGUGUUGAGGUUAAAGAGUAUAAAAUGUUAACUUAAUGUCAUGUAUUUUAUGAUUUUGUUUAAGUAGAUAUAAUUUGUUAAAAUAUGUGAAAAGAAUUAACAAAAUUUGAAAAGCUAUGCAGGAGUUACAUAUCAUAAGAAAUCAAUUCAUCAGAUUUGUUAGCCCACCAUCAUCAGAUGGUGGGCUAUUCAAAUCACUCUGCGUCCGUGGUCCGUCGUCCUUCCGCCCGUCCGCCCGUCCGUCCGUCCGUCCUUCCGUUAACAAUUUCUCAUUAUCGCAUCUCCUCAGAAACUACAAGGGGGAUUUUGACCAAACUUUGUCAGAAUGAUGUAUUGGUACCCUAGUUGUGUCCCCCUGAAAAUCAGACUGGUUCAACAAAUUUUAUUUCAUUACAAGUUAUGGCCCUUUGUUUAAUUCUAUAAUUUACAUAGAUUUAUAUAGGGAAAAACUUUGAAAAUCUUCUUGCCCCAAACCACAGAGCCUAGGGCUUUGAUAUUUGGUAUGAAGCAUCAUCUAGUGGUCUUCUACCAAUAUGAUUCAAAUUAUUUCCCUGGGGUGUAAUAUGGCCCCGCCCCGGGGGUCACAUGGUUUAUAUAGACUUAUAUAGGGAAAAACUUUGAAAAGCCUCUUGUCCAAAACCACAGGGCCUAGGGCUUUGAUAUUUUGUAUGUGACAUCAUCUAGUGGUCGUCAACUAAGAUUGUUCAAAUUAUCCCCCUAAGGUCAAAUAUGGCCCCGCCCCGGGGGUCACAUGGUUUACAUAGACUUAUAUAGGGAAAAAAUUUGUAAAUCUUCUUGUCCAAACCACAAAGCCUAGGGCUUUGAUAUUUGUAAUUUAGCAUUGUCUAGUGGUUCUCUACCAAGUUUGUUAAAAUUAUCCCCCUAGGGUCAAAUAUGGCCCCGCCCUGGGGGUCACAUGGUUCAUAUAAACUUAUAUAGGGAAAAGCUUAUAAAACUUCUUGUCAAUAACCUACAACAUUCAAAUUUGGACCACAUGUAUGGUUUUGAGUGGCAAGAUGAACCUUGACAUGAGUUGAUGUUGAUUUUGACCUAGUGACCUACUUUCACAUUUCUGUAGCUACAACCUUCAAAUUUGGAUCACAUGCAUAGUUUUGUGCACUGAAAUAAACUUUGACCUUGACAUUGACCUAGUGACCUACUUUCACAUUUUUGAAGGUACAGGCUUCAAAUUUGGACCACAUGCAUAAUUUCGUGUUCCGAAAUGAAAUUUGACCUUGAUUUUGACCCAGUGACCUACUUUCACAUUUCUCAAGCUACAGCCUUCAACUUUGGACCACCUGCAUGGUAAUUGUACCGAAACAAACUUUGACCUUUACAUCGACCUAGUGACCUACUUUCACAUUUUUGAAGGUACAGGCUUCAAAUUUGGACCACAUGCAUAGUUCUGUAUUCCGAAAUAAAAUUUGACCUUGAUUUUGACCUAGUGACCUACUUUCACAUUUCUCAAGCUACAGCCUUCAAAUUUGGACCUAAUGCAUGGUUUUGUGUACCGAAACAAACUUUGACCUUUACAUUGACCUAGUGACCUACUUCCACAUUUUUGAAGGUACAGGCUUCAAAUUUGGACCACAUGCAUAGUUUUGUAUUCCAAAAUAAAAUUUGACCUUGAUUUUGACCUAGUGACCUACUUUCACUUUUCUUAAGCAACAGCCUUCAAAUUUGGACCACUUGCAUAGUUUUGUGUACCGAAAUGAACUUUGACCUUAAGAUUGACCUGAUGACCUACUUUCAGAUUCCUGUAGCUAUAGGCUUCAAAUUUAGACCACAUGAAUAGGAUUGUGUACUGAAACAAACUUUGACCUUGAUAUUAACCUAGUGACCUACUUUCACAUUUUUGAAGGAACAGGCUUCAAAUUUGGACCACAUGCAUAGAUUUGUGUUGUGAAGUGAAAUUUGACCUUGAUUUUGACCUAGUGACCUACUUUCUCAUUUUUCAAGCUACAGCCUUCAAAUUUGGACCACUUGCAUAGUUUUGUGUACCGAAAUAAACUUUGACCUUAAGAUUGACCUAGUGACCUACUUUCAAAUUUCUCAAACUACAGUCUUCAAAAUUGAUGCACAUGCAUAGUUUUGUGUACAAAGAACUUUGUCCUUGAAAUUGAUCUAGUGACCUACUUUCACAUUUCUCAAGUUACAGCUUUCGAAUUUAGACCACAUGCACAGUGUUGUGUACGGAAAUGAAAUUUGACCUUGAGCUAGUCAGUAAGUCUUGAAAUUUGGAACACACAAAAUUGACACAUUGGUGGGCGCCAAGAUCACUCUGUGAUCUCUUGUUUUUUAAUAGAUGUUUUUUUUUCGCUACACACAGAUUUUAAUUAGUUAAUUAGUGGUUUUGAACAUACUGAAUUUUUUCUACAGUUGAUGGAUGGUGUUUUAUAAAUAGGUUUAAACUUUAGGGAUAAUUUCGCACCAAGGCAGGUGAUGUUUUCAGUUAACUGUAUAUAUUAAUGACUUUAUAGAAGUUUGUGGUUGACCAUUCUGCCAGCAGCAAAACAAUUUAAUACAUACUCAUAAGGUUUAAUGUUCCAUAUAAAUCCGUAGAUGUUAUAUAACUAAAAUACUGUUCUUAUAAGGUCACAUACAAAUAUAAAAAUAAAAAGAAAUUGAGAUUUUGAAAGACAUUUCUUUUUUUUUCAAAGCAAAAUUGAAAUUAUAGUACAGUGAGAUAAAAACGUAUCUGUGCCUUUUUACGUUAAAGAAGGAGCAUUUUUUUAAUGAUACGUUUCUCCAUUUAUUGCUGUUAAACAUGUGGUGUAUAGAAAUAUAUUAUGGGCUCUGUGAGUCUUGGUGUGACAGGGAAGUGUUCAGCAAAGUUACCUCUUGCAUGUAAUUUCUUUACUGAGUUAUACAUAAACUAAAACCUUUAUGUCUCUGACUUCUUAUUGCUGUUGUUGCAACAAUCCCACCUAGAAUGUGCUGUUGUGUUUUCACUUCUGUUUAACCCUUACCCUGCUGAAUUUCCAUAAUGAACUGGUCCAUCUUUCAGUUUGGACUUUACCAUUAAUUGUUAAAAGGGGUGAAUACCAAAAGGAUACUGACUGAAUGGCGAACAGUACAGAUCUUGAUCAGACUGCAUGGAUGUGCCAGUGCGCCUUACAUGCGAGAACAUACAGUAUAUUUGCUAUAACUGAGCUCGUUUGAAUUGUAAAUAAGUGAGUUAUAACCUUUAAAUUUACAACAAUGUGUUCUAUAACUCCUCCAUGCCAUGACAUGAUUACUUCCCUUUGUUUUGAGUUGUUUUCUGUCCGGAUUGUUGAUUUCUGUUUUUCACCAGAAAUGUUUAGUUCGGUCUUUCAGUUUGCUGUGUGUAAGAUUGGUUUAUUUGGUAUACGUAUGGGCAGAGAAUAUAACUUGAAAUAAAUGUUUCAGGUUUGUAAACCAGUACAUCGUAAUUGGUGUAGGUGAUACACAUUGUACUGUGGAAUUACAGUUUUGGACUGUCAUUGCACGAGGUUUUUGAUACUUAUAAAUAUUUGUAGGUGUGCAAUUUAAAUUGCUCCAAAAUGAAGAGUGUAUCCCCUACACUUGGUUUGCCUACAUUGUAUGUGAAAAAUGAGCAGGGUUCAUUUUGAGAGGAUGUGACUUGUCUGUAUACUCAUUGCAUUGUUAAACGGUAAUUCUGUUAAAGGCUGGGGUUUUUUUAGAAGAGACAGAUAUAUGAUUAUGUAGAACAGCAUUUAUGGCCUAAACAAGUGUUCAUAUUCUCCUCCAUAGGCGCUUUCUUUUAUCUGUCUUCCUUUUUUAUACACCCGUUUUUAAAAAAAACCAGACGUAUUACGUGGUGGUGUGUCUGUCUGUUAUAAUUUGUGUCUGGAGCAUAACUUUAUAAACUUUAAAGGUAUUGACUUUAAACUUGGCAUAUAGGUAGAUGGCAAUGAGGUGAUGUGCAGAGGUAAAAGGUCAAGGUCCGUCCUCCUCUGAUAAAACACUUUGGGCGUAUAUUGCCCCUCUUGGUGAAGCUCUUAUUUGAGUUUUAUUUCUUGUAAAAUGUCUGUGCUGUUGAACUUGCAAGGAUUCUUCAUUGUAUUGAUUUGUAUUCAUUCAUAACUCAGAAUUUUCACCUCAAAAAAGUAGCAGAUGGAGCUCGUUCAAACUCCACAUAGGUUAUCAGUUAGUCCAUAAAAAAGUACCAUAUAUUCCCUUAUAAUUGUCCAGGAGAGUGUUACAGAGGGGUGGGGGGGGGGGGGGCAUUUAUUAAGGCCCCAAGAAUCCAGGUUAUUUCAGAUGAUGAUAUCAUGAAAGAAUUAUGAUUCUUCCAUGUUGAUUAAUAUUGGCAUGUUACUAUAGGAAAUUAGUAAAGACUGAUAUAUGACUAUACUAUACACCUGCAUGUAUAUACUGACUAAUGAUAAUAAUAAUAACGACUUUAUUUAUAGAGGCGACACAGUUGGGCAAGCCCAGUCUUUCCUGUGAGCCUCUUAAAACUUGAAAUUAAGUUUUUUUUGGAUUGUUUGAUUGAAUAAAAUGUCUUGUCUUAGAGUGUCUUAAGAGUUUUAGCCAAUGAUUAAGUCGAUACUAUAAUAUCUUUAACUCCUGGUCUUUAAUUUUUUAAACUGUGCAAUUUAAGGUCUUUAGCCUAGUGCUCUAGCUCGUACUACAGUAAAAAAUGUUUCUUAAAAGAUCAGAUGAGAACAAAAAGUAUACAUUUAGCGAUUUACCUAGGUGAAUGGUUGCAGUAUACUUGUGUUUCAUUAGUUAACUUUUCAUAGUUCAUGACUUACAUAAACACUCACAGAUCUCAGAUCAUGUUCACCGUAAAUAUAACGUUGUAUAUAAUAUGUGUAAACUGUAUUUUUGUUUUUUUUGUAACAAAGAUGGCUUGUAUUUAACUGUUGUUGACCUUUUUAUGUAUAUUUAAUCGACAUAGUAAUUGUUUUCAUAUUUUUUGCGAGGAAUUUAACCAAAUUAACAUUAUUUUUCUUAAAACAGAGUAGUUUUUGCAGAGAAGCACUGUGAUAUAAAAAUAAUAAAUGAGCCGCACCAUGGGAAAACCAACAUAGUGGGUAUGACAAGCAUGGAUCCAGACCAGCCUGCGCAUCCGCGCAGUCUGGUCAGGCUCCAUGCUGUUCGCUUUUAAAGCCUAUUGGAAUUGGAGAAACUGUUAGCGAACAGCAUGGAUCCUGACCAGACUGCGCGGAUGCGCAGGCUGGUCUGGAUCCAUGCUGGUCGCAAACCCACUAUGUUGGUUUUCUCAUGGCGCGGCUCAAAUGUAGAUAGUUGCAAGAGACAAAUGAACCUGGCUGUAAUGUUAUAAAAGUGAGGUUGGGGACCAGUCUAAAAACUCCAUCAGCUGAUUGGUUGAUCAUGAGCAAGAUUUUGAAAUCGACCAAUGGCAAAGCUUCAUGGUGAGACUGGUUUCCAAUUACAGUUUCAUAACUUUAAUUGUUGUCUGGUUGUUUUUGCAGAAAUGUAAUAUAUAGAAAAUACAUGCAUAAGUGCUAAAAUUAUAGAAUUAGUUUUGUCUAUAUUUUCAGGGUACUGUAACAAAAAAAUUAUACAUGUAUAUGAUUUUUUAUAGGUAUAGAAUUUUUGCAAUGUCUUAUCACAAGCAAGUAUUGGAAACCAAAUUCUUUUUCUAUGAUGAACAAAGAGUUGACUGCUUGAAUUUCUAGCCUGACUGUCAUAAGCGAAAUCAGGAAGAACACUAUUUAGUUGAAUCGACUAGUUCAAAGUUUUUACUAAAAACUUAUAAUACACUGUUAGGUUAACUGUUAUAUAACUGAAAUACUGUUGAAAAACAGUGUUAAACCCAAAACAAAAAAGCUUACUUCUGAAAUAACACAUUUUAUUUCCAUCAGCCUAAAGCGACUACCUGCCAAUAGCAGCAAUAUUGUUUCGCUCCUCUGACUGGCUGUUUGACUACAUUAAUAAAUUUGCAAGCUGUACUAAAAGUGAUUUUUGAUAAAAAAAUUACUUAAAGUUUAACUUGAAAUUGCAAAGAUUUGUACCCACAAAAAAUCUGGUUUUACGGUAAUACUGUAAACAUUGGUAUUUUGUAGGAUAUGAUGUUCCUAGGUACUCUGGUUACCCAUGAGUCUGGGAAUGAUUCUGUGUGUGUGAAAUAUUCACCGCACAAAGAUACCUUUGUUUACAGUAUAUCCUACAAUUUUGUAAUAUGUGUAUUUUUAUUGUACAAAAUAUAAAAUCUUGUUAAAAAUGAUGAAUAUUGAAGAGGUUGCGAUCUCAAUACUUGUACAUGUUUAUAAUAAUCACUGUCUGCUAAAAUUGGUUUAGUAAAUCUGAUCCAAGUACAGAUUCAGUUUCAGGAUUUACAAUGUACAUGUACAUUUUGAAUGUGUACAACAAAAUUGUAAUGUUUUCUGAGUUUUGGCAUAGAAAUUAUUGAAGUAAAGAGUACUUGUACAGGUAUGCAAUCACAACCUCUCCAUCAGUGGUGCUGAAGCCAUUGAAGGUGCUGGAGCCAUUGAUGUUGCUGGAUUCAUCGAUGCUUGAGUGAGCAUUGUUUUACUGUUAUAGCGGUAUGAAAUCUUAAUACAGUCUAUAACAAAAGUAUUUAGAAGUGUGGACUUUAGAUAUCAUGACCUCCUUUUAGAAACGUAUACUUUCCCUUUGUCAUCAUUCAGGGUUUUGACAUAUUUUUUUGCAGGAUACUGUAUUGUCUAUUCAAGCAAGACUUGCAAUAGAUGAACUUGACCUUAAUAUAUUUCAGUUUCAGUGAAAUUUUUUGUUCAGGAAUAUGUUGACUUUAUGAAAUUAUGUCCCAUUUUUGUUUGCUGUACUUAACUGCCUGGUUUUCAACUAAUUUAUUUAUUAGCCCACCAUCAUCAGAUGGUGGGCUAUUCAAAUCACUCUGCGUCCGUGGUCCGUCGUCCUUCUGUCCGUCCGUCCGUCAUUCCGUCCGUCCUUCCGUUAACAAUUUCUCGUUAUCGCAUCUCCUCAGAAACUACCAGGGGGAUUUUGACCAAACUUUGUCAGAAUGAUGUAUUGGUACACUAGUUGUGUCCCCCUGAAAAUCAGACUGGUUCAACAAUUUUUGAAUGAGUUAUAGCCCUUUGUUUAUUUCUAUAAUUUACAUAGAUUUAUAUAGGGAAAAACUUUGAAAAUUUUCUUGUCCAAAACCACAGAGCCUAGGGCUUUGAUAUUUGGUAUGAAGCAUCAUCUAGUGGUCCUCUACCAAGAUGAUUCAAAUUAUUUCCCUGGGGUCUAAUAUGGCCCCGCCCCAGGGGUCACAUGGUUUAUAUAGACUUAUAUAGGGAAAAACUUUGAAAAACCUCUUGUUCAAAACCACAGGGCCUAGGGCUUUGAUAUUUUGUAUGUGACAUCAUCUAGUGGUCUUCUACUAAGAUUGUUCAAAUUAUCCCCGUAGGGUCAAAUAUGGUCCUGCCCCGGGGAUCACAUGGUUUACAUAGACUUAUAUAGGGAAAAACUUUGAAAAUCUUCUGGUCCAAACCACAAAGCCUAGGGCUUUGGCAUUUGUAAUGUAGCAUCAUCUGGUGGUUCUCUACCAAGUUUGUUUAAAUUAUCCCCGUAGGGUCAAAUAUGGCCCCGCCCUGGGGGUCACAUGGUUUAUAUAGACUUGUAUAGGGAAAAGCUUUUAAAAUCUUCUUGUCAAUAACCUACAACAUUCAGAUUUGGACCACAUGUAUGGUUUUGAGUGGCAAGAUGAACCUUGACAUGAGUUGACCUUGAUUUUGACCUAGUGACCUACUUUCACAUUUCUGUAGGUACAGCCUUCAGAUUUGGACCACAUGCAUAGUUUUGUGCACUGAAAAAAACUUUGACCUUGACAUUGACCUAGUGACCUACUUUCACAUUUUUGAAGGUACAGGCUUCAAAUUUGGACCACAUGCAUAGUUUCAUGUUCUGAAAUGAAAUUUGACCUUGAUUUUGACCUAGUGACCUACUUUCACAUUUCUCAAGCUACAGCCUUCAAAUUUGGACCACAUGCAUAGUUUUGUGCACCGAAACAAACCUUGACCUUUACAUUGACCUAGUGACCUACUUUCACGUUUUUGAAGGUACAGGCUUCAAAUUUGGACCAUGCAUAGUUCUGUGUUCCGAAAUAAAAUUUGACCUUGAUUUUGACCUAGUGACCUACUUUCACAUUUCUCGAGCUACAGCCUUCAAAUUUGGACAACUUGCAUAGUUUUGUGUACCGAAAUGAACUUUGACCUUAAGAUUGACCUAGUGACCUACUUUCACAUUUCUGUAGCUACAGGCUUCAAAUUUAGACCACAUGCAUAGGAUUGUGUACCGAAACAAACUUUGACAUUGACCUAGUGACCUACUUUCACAUUUUUGAAGGUACAGGCUUUAAAUUUGGACCACAUGCAUAGAUUUUUUGUGUUCUGAAAUGUAAUUUGACCUUGAUUUUGGCCUAGUGACCUACUUUCACAUUUCUCAAGGUACAGCCUUCAGAUUUGGACCACUUGCAUAGUUUUGUGUACCGAAAUAAACUUUGACCUUAAGAUUGACCUAGUGACCUAUUUUCACAUUUCUCAAACUACAGCCUUCAAACUUGAUGCACAUGCAUAGUUCUGUGUACAAAGAACUUUGUCCUUGAAAUUGAUCUAGUGACCUACUUUCACAUUUCUCAAGCUACAGCUUUCGAAUUUGGACCACAUGCACAGUGUUGUGUACGGAAAUGAAAUUUGACUUUGAGCUAGUCAUUAAGUCUUGAAAUUUGGAACACUCAAAAAUGGCACAUUGGUGGGCGCCAAGAUCAUUCUGUGAUCUCUUGUUACUUAAUGUAUAUUACUAAUUUGAUGAAAAAUAUUGUACAAAUAUACUGGGGAAAAAAAACGGCAGACAUUUAUUUUUAAUAGGCUUCAGAAGUAUUUUUGUAAACCUCAUUAAAAUUUAAGCUGCACCAUGAGAAAACCAACAUAGUGGGUUUGUGACCAUCAUGGAUCCAGACCAGCCUGCGCAUCCGCACAGUCUGGUCAGGAUCCAUGCUGGUCGCUUUCAAAGUCUAUUGCAAUUAGAGAAACUGUUAGCGAACAGCAUGGAUCCUGACCAGACUGCGCGGAUGCACAGGAUGGUCUGGAUCCAUGCUGGUCGCAAACCCACUAUGUUGGUUUUCUCAUGGCGCGGCUCAAUUUUUAGCUCAUCUGAUUUUUUGAAAAAAAAAUGAUGAGUUAUUGUCAUCACUUGAGCGGUUGUCGGCGUCGGCGUUGCCUGGUUAAGUUUUAUGUUUAGGUCAGCUUUUCUCCUAAACUAUCAAAGCUAUUGCUUUGAAACUUGGAAUACUUGUUCACCAUCAUAAGCUGACCCUGUAUAGCAAGAAACAUAACUCCAUCUUGCUUUUUGCAAGAUUUAUGGCCCCUUUUGUACUUAGAAAAUAUCAGAUUUCUUGGUUAAGUUUUAUGUUUAGGUCAACUUUUCUCCUAAACUAUCAAAGCUUUUGCUUUGAAACUUGGAAUACUUGUUCACCAUCAUAAGCAGACCCUGUACAUCAAGAAACAUAACUCCAUCUUGCUUUUUGCAAGAAUUAUUGCCCCUUUUGGACUUAGAAAAUCAGUUUUCUUGGUUAAGUUUCAUGUUUGGUCAGCUUUUAUCCUAAACUAUCAAAGCUAUUCCUUUAAAACUUGCAACACUUGUUCACCAUCAUAAGCUGACCCUGUACAGCAAGAAACUUAACUCCAUCCUGCUUUUUGCAAUAUUUAUGGCCCCUUUUGGACUUAGAAAAUAUCAGAUUUCUUGGUUAAGUUUUAUGUUUAGGUCAACUUUUUCUCUUAAACUAUCAAAGCUAUUGCUUUAAAACUUGCAACUCUUGUUCACCAUCAUAAGCUGACCCUGUACAGCAAGCAACAUUACUCCAUCCUGCUUUUUGCAAUAAUUAUUGCCCCUUUUGGACUUAGAAAAAUCAUUUUCUUGGUUGAAUAUUAUGUUUAAGUCAACUUUUCUCAUAAACUAUCAAAGCUAUUGCUUUAAAACUUGCAACAGUUUUUCACCAUCAUAAGUGGACACUGUACAUCAAGAAACAUAACUCUAUCCUGCUUUUUGCAAGAGUGAUGGCCCUUUUUAGACUUAGAAAAUCAUGGGUAGGACAAUAUUUCUAUUAUACAAAAAAAAUCAGAUGAGCGUCAGCACCCGCAAGGCGGUGCUCUUGUUAUUUCUUUUUGCAAUCAUUUAAUGUGUAUAAAUUUGUGUUAUGGUUAUGUACAUUUUUCAUGUCCAAUUGUGUAUUAUAAUUAUUGUCAAUGUUGGAUUAUUUUGCAUCUUUGUUACAUACUGGCGAAUAUAAUAUGGGUUGUUAAAAGGAAAACUUAUGUGUGUCUUGUGUUUAUAUGCACAUACAGUAGUUUCACAGUCAGCCUAUUCUCAGUAUAUUAUCCGUGUUGAGUGUCGGAAAAUAUUUAUGAUUUAUCUAAUCACUUUUGUUUUAACCGUCUUUUUCGGUCAUUUUACCAUUCUUUUUUUAAAACCUGGACUGUUGUUCAUAAGUUGUUGGUGUGUCUUUUGAAAUGGUCUUUGUUAUCAUUGCAAUAUAUCAGUACAAUAUAUUUAUUUAAAAAAAGGGGUAUUUGAAAGAUACAUGCAUGUAUAAAUGUAUAUUAAAAUUGGUCUUGUGUAAGGAGUGGUCAUUAUAGACUUAAGUUCAAAAAGUGAGACUUGGACUGUAUAUGAAAAAUUGACUUCUAUUUUAUAUGAGAGAGAAGGAUUCUAACUUUUAUAUGAAAAAGAGGAUUCAUACAGAAUCGUUGUAGUGCAUGAAAAAAGAGAAUUUCUGGUAAUUUUGUGUAUGAAAACUUUUUAUCUGUAUGUAUGGUUUUUUUUCCAUACCGACAAGGCAGUGACAUUCAUUUUUGUAGGGUAUAAUUACAAUAUUACUUAAUGUUAAGGAAGAAGGGUUUAAUGUCCACUGCAAUAUGUAAGCCUGUAUUAAAGGUGGGUUUGGACCUCACUUUGGGCUUAAAUUCUUUAUGUAGAAUAGAUCCAACUUGCUUACAGAAGGUUUGUUGAUCUACCCACAAUCGCCUGCCCAUACCUGUCACAAUGCACGGAGGGGCAUCUGGGGUCUUCUUCGACCAUCAAAAUUAGAAAAGUUGUUAUAUGACCCAAACUAUGUUGCUCUGACAAUAAACCCAACAAAAUCAAAACAAACAAAAAAAUAUAAUUAUUUUCCCCCUGGAAACCAAUACAUAGUAUUUGAUGUAUGACCUGGUGCACAGUUGAUAUGACAAUUAAUGUAUGUGCUAUUAUGAUACCAUUUAACCUUUACCCUGCUAAAUUUCUAAAAUGGACCAGUCCAUCAUUCAAUUUGGGUAAUAUCAUUUAUUAUUCGAAGGGGUGUUCACUGAAAAUUUUCUGACUGAAUAGCGAACAGUGCAGACCAUGAUCAGCCUGCAAGGAUGUGCAGGCUGAUCUUGGUCUGCACUGGUCGCAAAGGCAAAAUCACUUGCCGGAGGCAGGCUAAAGGUUAAUACGAUUUUCCAUGUAAUACAUAACAAAUGAUAAUUCUGCAGUCCCUAGCAGUUAUUGUAGUAGGCAGUCAGAAAAAGUGCGAUAUGGACCUUUUCGGUCCACUCUACAUUUUGGUUUGACUGCCCUUUGCGUGAAAUGUAAAGGUACCUCAGUUCCACCAGUAAUUUGUUAAGUAAUAAUUAUUCUGGAAUUUUUGCUGUCAUACCAAUGACAGGUACGAAAAGUAUUCGAAGUCACAAUUUUAAUUUCAAACUUUCUACAGAGAAUACAGUCCUGUUGGUAUUUGAUUUGUAUUGAAAUCAAGCCCAGUUGACCAAAAUAAUCUGGUAUAUCUGACUAUAAUGCAGUAGACUGUAUAUGAAGACUUACUUCAGGUACAUUUUGGCAGCAUAUUGGACUUAAUUUCUAUACACAUCUGUUAUUUUGGACAUGUAUGAAAAGGUCUGGGGAAAAUUCAGAAUCAGAAACUAAAUGUAAUUUACAUAGUUAUGCUCUAAUUUUACUGUGCAGCUUGCAGUUUUCAGUCUUAUUUACCGGUAUUAUCCUAGAAAAUAUUUUAAAGCAAAACAAAAAGGAAAAUUCAUGUGGUGAGGGGGAGGGGGAAGGCGACUAGUGUUGGUCAACACUCAAGUUACCAGAUUAUGGGUUAAAUAAUGUUAAAAAAGUUUGUACAACAAGUUAAUAGGGGAGGUGAAGCGGUUUCUUCUCACUGACUAAACUUCACACAAAACUAUAUAGGAUCUAGGUUUCCCUACAAGAUUUUAUGUAAGUCAUCGCUUGAGUAGCAUUCACGCUUUUAUGUACUUUUCCGUUUUUAGCUCAUCUGAUUUUUUGAAAAAAAAUGAUGAGUUAUUGUCAUCACUUGAGCGGUUGUCGGCGUCGGCGUCGGCGUUGCCUGGUUAAGUUUUAUGUUUAGGUCAGCUUUUCUCCUAAACUAUCAAAGCUAUUGCUUUAAAACAUGCAACAGUUUUUCACCAUCAUAAGUGGACACUGUACAUCAAGAAACAUAACUCUAUCCUGCUUUUUGCAAGAAUUGUGGCCCUUUUUAGACUUAGAAAAUCAUGGGUAGGACAAUAUUUCUAUUAUACAAAAAAAUCAGAUGAGCGUCAGCACCCGCAAGGCGGUGCUCUUGUUAAAUGUGGAUCCAUUUUUUUUUCAUAUUUGCAUGUCAGUACCUGAAAUGGUGUAAAAUAACCAUAAAUUGUGACUUGAUUGUUUGGUGUUAAUGCGUGCAGUAAUUGGAAAGCAUGGUUUUUGGUUGGUGAAUUUUUUCAUGCAACCAAAUUUUUUACCCUGGUAUGUUACUGUGGAUUAGGUCAAGAUUUGCAGUGAAAAUUCCCAUAAAUUUACAUGAUCAGAUUAACUUAUGAAUUUAGGACAUUCUUAAAUAUACAACAGUGUUAUCUCAAAAAGGAACGUGCUAGUACGAGGCACAAAAUCUUAAAAAUUACAAACCUUAAAUUUAAGGUUGUGGACCGGUAAUGACAAUAGGCAAAUUACAUUUUCUCCAUAGGUGAUUUUGGCAUUCUCCAACAUAUUUGCACUGGGCCUCAUUUGCAUCUGAAAAAUUCCCGGACUGCCUAACGAUAUUACGUUAUUAUAUGAAAAUUGCCGAGUUUCAUUACAGGCCUACUACCUUAAAGUUAAAAAUAACUUGAAAAUGACCAGAUCUGCAUUAUAGCCAGUUGUAAACGUCUGCCUGGAAUGAGCAUUACAUUGAACAUAAGUCACAUUACACUAAUGGCAGUAAAAGGUCAUAGAAUAGUAAUUUUUGUAAGUCUUGCUACUUACAUUACAUAUGAGGAUUUUUCACAUUUAACAUAUGGUCACAUUACACUAAUGGCAGUAAAGGGUCAUAGAAUAUUAAUUUUUAUCAGUUUUGCUACUUACAUUACAUAUGAGGAUUUUUCAUUGAAUUUUUAUUAUCACAUUACUGUAUACUGUAUAAUACAGACAAGCAGCUCAGUGUCUUUUGUUUUGACUGGAUUCAUAGAUACAUUGCGUUUCUAUAUUAUUUAUAUAUAUAUAUAUAUAUAUAUAUAUAUCAGAAUUUUUUCCCCUUUUUGUGUUAAUUGAGUGAUUUACUAUAUAUAGAUGAAAAUGUUUUCUUUGUCUCAGCUUUUGAUGCAAGCCUAUUCUACCUUAAUGUUGAAAUAAACCAUUAUAUGAAAGA